AUGUCGAAAGAACUUGUGGAAAUGAUAGAUGAGUUGAAUUCGUCCCUCAAGUCUAUGGAUGAGGAUUUUAGUGAUGAUUUUAAUAAGAAUAAUAAUAAUAACAAUAAUAUGGAAAUAUAUGAUGAUAGUACAACGUCGAUACCAAUUCAUCACAAUUCGAGUUUUUAUUAUGGAGAGGAUGAAAAACACCCGAAUACACUGUCUUAUGAUUCUCAUAAAUUUAACAAGAUUAUAUUCGAAGAUUCGGAAUAUUUGUAUAGAACAAUUACAAGAGAUGAUUUACCAGCUCUUAAAAAGUUACAACAAGAAUUAUUUCCAGUUCAAUAUAACAAACCUUUUUAUUUGAAAUUAUUGGAUAAAAGCAAGACGUAUACAUUGCUUUCAUUUAGCAAGGAAAAUAAUGAAUUGAUUGGAGUUUGUUCGACAUCAAUAACAUUGGAGGAAAAUACUGAUGGUGGAUUUUGGCAAUUUCUAUUUGGAUAUCCAGACAAGUACAAUGUUUGUUAUAUAAUGACCUUGGGUGUAAAAAAGAAACACAGAAGAAAAGGUUUAGCCUCAAGAAUGUUACAAAUUCUGGAAGAAGUUGUGUCGGUUGAUCCUUAUUAUUGUACCAAAUUAACUCUGCAUUGUAAAGUCGAUAAUCAACAUGCUUUAUCAUUUUACAAUCAGAAUUCCUUUACAGUAAAGGAAAGGAUAGAGGGAUAUUACGACUUUGGAUCUCAUUUCGAAGCUGCUUUCAAGUUGGAUAAGGUUUUGUCAGCAAAGAGAAAUGAAAGCUUUUCAGAUUCAAUCUCCUUCUCUGGAUUACUAACAUCUGAGAGUCAUACAUCACUAGGAUCUCAACCAACAUCAAACAGACAAUCCACUAAUGAAUCACCCAUUCGAAAUAACUAUAACACCAGUUCACUUGGCUGCUUGGCAGUGACAUUUCAAAUUUGUAAAUUUUUUAUUGAAACCUUUAAAGUGGUAGCAAUAGAGUCUUAUAAUACCAUGAAUAAUAUUCUCUCCCCUUCACCUCCUUUAAAUCCAAAUUCAUCAUCUCCACAACUUUCCAAUUCCACCUCAACCAAUGCUCUUUCACCCAUUGCAAUUCCAAGACCUAGAAUUGUUUUACAAAUUCAAGAGAAGGAUUGUGAAUAA